AGAGGCGGGCAGAUGAAGAUCGUCCCCACGAAGAUCAGGAAACUAUGGAGUGCGGAUGAAAUCCGCAUCCUGGUCCUCCUCAGCCUCGGCUUCCAGAUCGUCCUCAUCGUCGUCUCCCUCUUCCGGAAGCGGUGCCAGAACAGGCUGUUGAGCUUCAUCCUCUGGACUUCCUACCUGGGCGCCGACUACGUCGCCGCCUUGGCGCUCGGCAACCUCCUCAACGACGAGACCGAGGCGAGCGAACAGAACAUCAACGGCGACCUCACCGCCUUCUGGGCUCCCUUCCUCCUCCUCCACCUCGGCGGCCCCGACACUAUCACCUCCUACUCCCUGGAGGACAACGAGCUCUGGCUGCGCCACUUUCUGGGGCUGGUGCUCGAGGUCUCCGUGGCCAUCCUGGUGUUCCUCGAGUCGCUGCCGAGCCCCCACUUGUGGAAAGUCGCCAUCGUGGUGUUCAUCGCCGGAAUCCUCAAGUACGCGGAGCGGACGCUGGCGCUUUGGUCGGCCAGUAUGGACCAGCUGAGGGAAUCCAUGAUCAGCGACCCGGAUCCCGGGCCUAACUACGUCAAGUUCAUGCAGGAGUAUCACUCUCGUGUUACUGCGGGGCUGAACGCAGAUAUCAAGACAGAGAAAGAGCCACGGCCCCCCCUUCCCAAAGAUACAACCGAAAAAAGAACCGACAAGGAGAUCAUAUUCGGUGCCUAUCGCUUCUUCCCGACCAUCAAGCGGCUCACUGUGGACCUCAUGCUCAGUUUCCAGGAUCGGAUCGAGAGCCAAACCUUCUUUCUGACGCUCGAAGCUACCCGGGCUUUCUUCAUGGUCGACGUGGAGCUCUCUUUACUGCACGACAUCCUCCACACCAAAGCCGUCCAUGUCCAUACCCUAGGAGGUCGCCUGGUGCGAGCCUUGUCGCUCUCCUUGGUAGUCCUCGCCUUCGUGCUCUUCCACCGUAGCGGGAGGCACAAUUUUAGUGAAGCCGACAUCAUCAUAACUUACAUCCUUCUCCUUGCCGCUGUUGGGCUCGAGGCCAUCGCCGCUGUCCUGCUCGUAUUCUCGGACUGGACCAUCGUCGCGCUGCAGGACAGCGGCAAGCUGGAGAGGCCCUUCAUCGCUCGCCUGAAAAAAAUCAUCAGGUUUUUAAAAUUGGAUCUUGCAAUCGUCAAAUUUCGAGGUGGCACAAGGUGGUCGAAUUCCAUGAGGCAGUGCAACCUACUAUGCAUCUGCCUCAGAGAUUACGAGCAAACCGUGUUCACAAGAAUAUUGCAUUUCCUCGGAUUGAAAGAACUGUGGGAUAGCUAUUGGCACGUGGAAGAUACCAUCGUAGGGGAUCAGCAGAAGACGCUCAUCUUCGAGGAACUGAAGAAGAAAACAUACGGCGCCGAGGGAGAGUCCACCGAGUACAAGCGAUUGCGAGCCUGCAAAGGCGAAUGGGUGCUUCGGGAAAAGGGCUACACGGACUUCGACUGGAGCAUGAAUAAGGAAUUCGACGAAAGCUUAAACAAGUUGGAGACGAGCAGGAGGUGGAUCGUCAUCAGUGCCGUGUGGGUGGAGAUGUUGUGCUAUGCGGCCAGCAACUGCAACUCGUAUUCUCACGCCAAGCAGCUGAGCCAGGGCGGAGAGCUCCUCACCCAUGUCUGGUUACUCAUGGCUCACAUGGGAAUUGGUGAACAAUACCGGAUCGAAGCAGGCCAUGCCAGAGCAAAACUUAUAGUCGACAUCUAAUUACAAGAACCUGAAAUUUCCAAUCCCUCGUAAUCCAAGAACGUAGAUCGCUCUCCCGUCCCGUCCUUCUCUUUUGGUUUCAUAGCAUGAAAGAUGGUGUGAUGUACUCAUGAAAAAUUGCAGAGGUGAUGUCAUCUCUCACAAACCUCUUCUGUGAUGAUCCAGUUCAGCACAAAUAGUACGCAAUCAUUAUGUACUGGAAUGUUUUUGAACGCUUAUAACUCAUUGGAGAA